UUUUGAAGCGAAAUUUCCCAACUGUUCGCAGAAUUUGCUAAACGAAUGGCCAAAAUUUAGAAAGUCAAUUAUACCUUACAUGAAGACAAAAAUAAGAGAUGCAGCGUCCAUUGAUAUGCUAAAACAAAUUGACAAAAAUAUCAGUACUGACUCAAUGGAUUGUUUAUUGACACUGCUUUUGCAUGCGAUACUUAAACCGUCAUUAAUUUCCGUUGGACAAACUUCUGGUGAAAAACGGCUUAAAUGGAAGCCAUCAAUAUGUGAUGCGCAAGCAGUGACAUUGCUGCAUUGCAGCAGCAUAAACGAUUAUCAGAGGAUGUACCACGAAUUAAAGAUUAAGUUAAAUCAAAGAAUCUUCCUCUUCAGCCGCUACUAUUGGUAGUCGGAGAGGAACUAACUAAGUUAGACUCUUUUUACGUUAUUUUCGACAGUAUAAUUUACAUGGUACCGACAUUUUUAAAAUCACUUGAUACUUUAUUUAAAAUCUUUCAUGUAUUAAAUUUGGAAUAUCCGAUACAAGCGAAAUCCAUAUAUAAUUUUAUCGAAUCCUACUUUUUUGGUAUUGCGGAUUGUGCUAGGGUGUUAUUACACUUAAGAAUUAUUUAAAAGAUACUCAAAACUUGUUGGAGUAGAUUGAUAAAGUGUUCAAAUGCUUUAUACCGAAAAAGCCGUCAGCAAUUUUUUAUCCGCUUAAAACUUGCGCUUUAUCAGACUAAAAUUUAACAGGCUAUAAAACUGCAUGCCCAAAAAUGUUUGAAAGUUCUAAAAGUC